CGCAAUGAUACUACCACAACUCGUUCACCGUCACGAUAACGCAACUCACUGCUUCCAAAGUCCAUUGUAGCUGCGUGGGCUCUCAUGAAGUCCAAUCCAAGUAGAAAUUCGUCGGUACAACCAGCUACGAUACAGUACACCCUCGUUAUUGGGUUUGUGGUAGAAGUGGAUAACGUGACAGUGUUUCACCAUGUGCCGAAGGUGAAAAGAACUAGUAAGUUGGAUAUGAAAACAGACCCAGGACUGUUUCUAGGUUAUGCGAAGACCUCCCUGGGCUAUCGCAUUUUGGAUUUGUGUACGGGGAAAUUGAUUGAGCGCCGAGACGCUAUAUUCAAGGAGACCAUCACGGCGGACCCCACAUUUGCGCACGACCUGAUUGAUAAAGUCUACUUCGGGAAGAAUGUGGACCUUCCAUCUGCGAUCAACUUCGUUCCGCUCCCGGUAAGUAGAGUGCUAGAACCGGUGGAGGCGGAGCAGGAAUUCUGUGAUGAAUCAGGAAUGGAAGCUGAAGAGAUCGAAGUUGAAGAUGAAGAGUUCUUUGACGCCGCUGACGGUACACCCUCUGAGUCAGACGAGAGCACUAGUGGCAGUGAUGAAAGUAGUGAUGAAAGUAUGAUGACGAAGACUUUACCGAUGCAGUAGAAGUUAAUGAGGGCAGUGGGUCGG